GAAACCUUAUAUAUUUAUAUUUUUUUUUUCAAAUUCAGGUCCCUUGUGAAGUGCAACAUGAUCUGUUGUUUAUUUAUAACGUAUAGCGUUAUACAUACAAUCUGAUCCGGAAGAAUAAGAAGUUAAAGAAGGGGAACCUAUAUAUUUAUGAUGUAAGGGAUAAUACAAAAUGGAGAUCAAGUUUUCCGUCCUUUCGAUAUUUUCCGUCUUCAUUUUAAAUUCAGAGAUUCUUGUAGAAUCAACAUAUUACUGCAGUGGUGUCACUGAUCCAUGUACUGUAGCUGGAGUUCUUUUUGAGCCGUAUGCUCGAACACAAAAUUGUCCAUAUGACGGGACACAACCACAUGCACCGUGUGACAGAUACAAGACACCAGGGUGGUACAAAUCAGACGAACCUAUACUGGACCAGUGUCCCACCCUCAGCAGCUGUGGUGCGAUUUAUCCAGUCUGGUUUAAUGGAACCUUACCACAAGUAGCUGAUGGUGUUGUUUCCGGGAAACUAUGUAAGACCGGCUUCUCUAGUUGCUGUGUUAAAGAAUAUGAUGUUCAGAUAAAGAACUGCGGCACCUAUUAUGUGUACUGUUUACCGGCACUGGACGCCUGUCCUGAAAGAUUCUGCUUCGGAACGAAUGGAACAUGUGAAUAUCCGACGACAACUUCAACAACAACAUCAACAACAACACAGACGACGACAUCAACUUCAACGACAACAGAGACGACGACAUCAACAUCAACGACAUUGCCAUCAACAACAAUUCUUACAUCACAGACAACAGAUAAAAACAUUGAUAAGGAAAAUGUUCCAAGCAAAGAAUGUAAAGAUUUGAAGAGAAGAAACACGGUUUUGACAGCUAUAGUAGUUGUUCUCUGCCUUGUUCUUUUUUCUUUAGUUGGCCACUCUACAUAUAAAUUCAUUCGGAAAAAAAUGAGAGAAAGAGGAAUUAGUCAGAGCAGAGUUGAACUUGUGCCAGAGGAGUGGAAACAUGAAGCAAACCAGGACUCAGUAGAAGGAAGCAAUGGAGUGCCUCCUCACCUGCAUUUCCGAGUCUGAUAGAAACACAAAAAAAUCAUUAUUUUACUCAUUGUGACAUGUUUUAUUUAUUAGAUUGUAAAUCACAGGAAUCCUGCUUUUUAUACAUGCAUGGUUGUACAUUGAUACGUGUAGCACAGAAAAGUGUAACGUUUCAUAUGUUUACAACAUGAACCAUUGAAUAAGUGCAACCUUUCUACUUUUUGCUUUUAAUAACACGUAGAGAAGGAGACAUAGAUAUUAACAAUAAUUCCAACCACAAGAUAUACAUGAGAAGAAGAAAGCACUUGCAGAGCCCUUCAACUCGACAUUUAGAUAUAUCGACGACGUAAUAACAAUUAACAAUAGUUACUUCCAUUCAUAUGUUGACUCGAUAUAUCCCAGUGAACUUGAAAUAAAAGAUACCACAGAGUCUGACACAUCUGUUUCAUAUUUGGAUAUUUUACUAGAAAGAAGACGUUAAUGGUAACCUAACAACAAAAUUUUAUGAUAAACGUGAUGUCUUUAACUUUUCUAUCGUCAACUUCCCUUACUUAUGUAGUAAUAUAAUUAUUACCUGCAUAUGGCGUUUAUGUCUCCCAGUUGAUUCGAUACGCCAGAGCAUGCUCUACGUGCGAAGUAUUUUUAAAACGAGGCAAGUUAUUGACAAACAAGUUGAAGACACAAGAAUAUCAGCAGUCUCGUUUAAAGUCAUCAUUUUGCAAGUUCUAUGGUCGAUACAAUGACCUUGUCAGCAAAUAAAAUCUUUCAUUAUGUCAAAUGCUGACUAACUUUUUUUCAUACUAAUUGUUAGGCCAAUAUUUGCACACUGAAUUGUCGACAGAUGUUUCCGUUAUUUCCCGAUGAUGACAAGGAGUACACGGCGCUUGUGACCGAUCGGCAGGGAUGCUCACUCCUCCAUGGCACCUGAUCCCACCUCUGAUGUCUUAGAGGUCCGUGUUUGUUCUGCUCGUAUUUUGUAAUGUUUAAUGGACUUUUGAGCUGGAAUACUGUUUGUUAUCUCGACAAAUUUCGUUUCAUGCACGGAUAUAUGGGUGAAUUUGUGGAGCUUUUAAAAUAAAAUGUACAUAGUAAAGUAAUUAAACAAGAGACCCAAAGGCCUUAACGGUCACCUGAGUAUAAUACAACACUGCACAGGAACCAUAGAAGUAUGGAAAAAGCCGGUUUCAUUCACCUUAAUACAUGCACACAUAAUACAAUAUAUUAAUCCUCUUUCUGAACAUCUAAAUUAGAUCGGCAUCUGUCUUCAUAACACACAUAACAGAAAAUGAUAAAUGUUGCAAUUAUUCAGCUUUUACAAUGAAAUAUAUCCGUUUGAUAGUAUGUAGGUUUGUAUUUCAGAAAAGUGUUUUAAUGAUUAUGUAAUAAUUUGAAUAAAGUAGUUAAUUCUAAGUUGGAGAACACAUCCACACUUUCAAUUCUUAGUUUGAGUUUGAUUAUGACUUCAGUGUUAUACAUGCACGAAAGGUUGCAUUUUUUUCAAACAGGAGAGUAAUGAAUGUAAAUUGUUAAACAUAGUUUUUAAUGAACAGAAACUAAAACAAUAUUUCUGAAUUGGACAAGUAUUAUGUUUUAUGUGCAAUUAUUCUAAGUUGGAAGGAAGAUUAGUUGUGUAUUCCCAGAGUUUUAGGUACUCCACCAUAGAUUUCUGGCUCUCUUACAUGGCAUCUUUAUGAAUGUAUUUAUCUUUCCUCCUCUCUUUUUUCUAUAAUCAAUCGUUCAUAAUUAUAUAUGUAUAAUAUUUCAAA